UGAAUACAUUGUAAUCAGCACACAGGAAGAUAAUAAUUAUCUCUGAGCAGUAGGACUAUUUGUAUAAUGUGUGCAGCCUGUGAUUGGCUGGCGAUGAUGUCACCCUGAGAGUGGCUGGGAGGAGGGGGCUGAUUCUUGUCAUCCAGUGACACAGUCUGCAAACACAAGAUGCACACACGCCGACACAGGCUCACACACAAAGGACAUGCACAAACAGAGACACGCACAGACCAGCUAUGCAUAAAUGAAUCCGGCUAUACAGAAAACCUCAGCACUUGAGGAGGGGAGCAGCUGACAAAGGUACUUGUGUGUGUGGUUGAAUGAAAUGUGUGCUAUACUAUUAUUUUUUAUUAUCAUUUUGUACGUAAAAUAGACAAUAAGCAGUUAUAUUUGUUUGCAUACUACAGAGUCUUUUUUGUCUGUGCAGAAACAUGCAUUUGUAUUUUCAAGGCAAUCUAUGCAGUAUAUGUUGGGAUUUAAUACAGGGAAUAAUUGGUAAUAUUUGUUUGAUUGUGCAGUUAUCUGUGUCUGGCUCAGAAUUUAUUUACAAUUUCAUAAUUCUGGGUAUGUGUGCUUUAUAUGAUGGUUAUAAUGCUGAACAUGCACAAGUUAUCUGUAGCUGGCUCAGCAUAUAUUUACAAUUUUACAAUUCUGUGUUUGUGUGCUGUAUAUGAAGAUUCUAAUGCUAAAUGUGCAUAUUAUGUACUAACACAGACACAAACAAAACAUACGCAUAUCACACUCACACACCGCAUCUGCAUGCUUGAAUUUCCAUGUUGCACCAAGUAUGUGCCUAAUUAACUUUGCAAGAGGUGCAGGCCAUGUAUGAACAGUGCAGUCACUUAUUAACAGGUAGGUAGGUAGCCAGUGUGUUUAUAGGGGAUUGCAGAACCAAGAGAAUGCAGACAUGGGGAGCAAGGCACUGCAGUCUGCAGAUAUUGAAGCAUAAAGCAAGCCAAGGAAGGAGCAUAGGAGAGAGAGAGAGAGAGAGAGAGAGAGAGAGAGAGAGAGAGAGAGAGAGAGAGAUUAAAAUUAAAAUGGGAAGGAGAGAGACAGCCAGAGAAGGUCAUUCAGUGAGAGAGCGGAGAAAGAUAGGGAGAGAUAGGAGAGUAAAAGACAGAUAAAGAACUCUAGAGGAAAACAAUGGGAAUAAUAGGGGAUAGAGGAGAGAGAGACACACAGAAGAAGUGUAUUUUGGAACACAAGGGGGAGUUUGUAUGGCGCAAAGCUUUAAUUCCUUCAAGCCAUCUGCACCGCGGAUAUCAGGUUCUAUUGCUUGCUCGAUAUCCUGAGCAAGUUAUUAUUAUUUUUAUAAUUCAUAAUUCAUAUAGCAUAUCUCACAGCACUUUUCCAUAGGGAUAUAAAAUAACAGGACAUAUACGAUUAACAAGAGAUGAAAAGCACCUUCUAUAGUGAUCCUAUAAUCAAGAGGAGAUGGGGUAUUUAAAUUAAAAAGGUAAAGUGCAGCAUAUUAAGGAGAAAGAGUAUGCAAUUAUACCUGCAUGUGUCGUGGGGUAAAAAAGCAGUGUUAGCAGUAACGGACAGCUGUAUCUGGUAGCAGGCUUUUUGACGCCAGAAGAUAAUGGAAAAUAGAGAUUACGAAUAGGAUAUAGUUGAAUUAAAUAAAUAUGAUAGAGUGAUAUACAUGUGCAUAACCUUUAUGUGAAUUAGUUUUUUUCUUCUUUUUUUACACAUUUAAGAAGUGUUAUUUGCUGUAUGAGAAUUACUAGUCAUUGUGUCAGAUAUAAAUAUGUUUUUGCCCUUUCCUCAUAUUUACUUUUCUCUCUAGAACCAUGCCCCCUGUACCUCUAGAAGAACGUUCGGCUCCCUUGCCUCGUCCCCGAUCCCUUCCUCUACGCACUACAGUAUAUCCCUGUCUAGCACCCGAGGUCAGAGGUCUACAACCAGGCCACCGUGCACCCUCUCAUGCUGACCUCACUCUGCCUGGUCCUCUACCCCUUCUUCAACCAGCACGUUGGCCUAGGGAACCAUGUUCCCGUCGAAGGGGUUCUCCCCCAUCUCCCUCACCAAAAUCUUCUUCAUGCUUCCGAUGGGCUCUUCACCCACUAAAAUGUGGUUGCCGUGGUUGCUGGCGUCUCCUGCGUCCUCCGCGGAAAUCUGUGGGUUCAUCUUGCAGCUGCGACCCAAUUGUGACUUUUGACCCGCAGUAUUUUGGAAGUUCAAAAGUCAGCUAUGAUGAAGAUGAUGAUUACAGUGUACGGGCUAUUUGGCCUGAUGAACUGGCGCGCAAGAUGAUGUCACGGACAAGAGGAGGGAUGCUUGGGGGAGCACCACUGCUAUUAGACUGCAGGGGACUAAUGGGAAUAGGGGUAGACGAGCCAUUGCCACCACCACCACCUCCUCCACCAGCAUCUCCUCCACCCUUGUCUCCAGCUAGGAAUUCGGAUCGUCGACUACAAAGUUUGUACCUUCUGCUGGAGCCCUUGAGUGAAAAGGAAAACACGGGAGAAGGGAGAGGUGAGUGCUUAAUAAAAAGGUUUUAAGAAAUCUGAGACGUUAGGGGCGGUAAAAAUGAAUGUAUUGAUUUGGAUAGUGCUCUCAAAAAACUGCAAGUGGCUCCAAUAUAACAAUUAAUGCUAAAAGUAAAUAAGACAAAUAAGAUAGUGAAAAUGGUAGAGAAACCUAUAAAAGAAUGUAAAGAAACAGGUUGAAGGUUUGAUAAGUACAAACGAAAGGUAAAAUGAGAAACCAGUCAUUUCUACACAGUCAGAAUUGUAAGGAAUAGAAGGGGAAGUUGGUGACGGGUGAGAUAUGUAAUCCUAGGAGAGCUGUUUGUAAAUUCUUACUCACGGAGUUGGAGCCAGGCUCUAAAACUGACUAACGCUUGGAUACCUCACUUAUGACAUAAUCCAAAAGGGACUCACAGAUUAGUUCAGGAAGCAGGAAGUGGUGACACCCAGAUUUUACUUAAUUAAUGCAAUUACUCUGCCUGGAAGAAUCAACUUAUACACACCAAAGAAACAGUCAUGUGUUUGUGACACAUACCAGACACACGUGAAUUAAUUUAGCAUGUAAGAACCAUGAUGUCAGCGAGUUUCCUGAAUGAAAACUUCAAUAGGCAAUGUAAUGUGUCUUAGAAUGACAAUUCAAUGUUAGAGGGGUUUUGUUAGGGUUAGUAGUGCAAGCAAGAUCGUAUAUGAACGAGGUCUUUAGUAAUUUCAAUGCAGUUGUUUUAAUUUAGUUCGUUUAACACUUAGUCAAUCAUAUUGGUGUAUGUAAAAAAACAAAACACGAUGGUAACUCCUGUCACAACUUUUGUUAAAUAUUCUGCUUUAUUUGUACAAAAGAUGAUGUCUUCUGAGUGGUGUAGUUGAAUAUUACUUGCAGGAUUAUUUACUAAAGCGAGAAUUUGAAGAGAAUUUAAGGUCAAAAUAGCCAAAUUGGAAGAAUUCUCCAACUCAGAUAUGUUUCCAUUUCAGUUAAUUUUUCUUUAUAUUUAAAAUUUACUUUGAAUUGUCAUGUAAGUGAAAAACCCUGUUGAUGACACAGACAAAAUGAGUCUUUUCUUUACUGUCCAACUAACUCGUCAUACACAUUGCUUCCAGGAUUGAUUGAACCCAUUGUUGAUGAGUGUGUUAUGCAAACGGAGGUGACGCCGGCGCCACCACUCUCUCCCGACAUUGAGAAAACUGAGUUGAGCCUCAUCUUGCCUUUCCUUUUUCUGGGCAAUGAAAAGGACGCCCAGGACCUAGGGCGCAUGGUCACCCUCAAUAUUGGGCAUGUCUUGAACGUCACUACUCACCUACCCUUGUACCAUGUGGAGUCAGGGGCUCUUCGAUAUAAAAGACUCCCAGCCACCGAUAAUAGCAAGCAAGAUCUCCGGCAAUACUUUGAGGAAGCCUUUGAAUUCAUUGGUAGGUGACAGGUUUUCUGCUUUGUUUACACUACAAUGCCAUUUUCAUUGUAAAGAAAUGUAACACAAGUGGACUACGAGACUCUGAGCUCCGAAUUUAAUAAAAUUGCUCCUUUUUGGGAGCAUGCUUGAGAAUAGCCAGAGAAUCAUUAAUUUAGACUAUGUUUACAUAUCAAUACGAUUGAAGCUUUACAACAAAAACUUUAUAUGUUUAUGAGGCUACCUCCAGACAUGCUUCAAUGAAAAAACGAGGCUAUUCUAUCCUAACUCAUUAUUCUGACUAGUGUUUGGAUACAUUAAGGAUUGGUGGUUCCGCUGUAGAUGGUGCUCGAUAAAUGAAAGAGCUGCCUGUCCAUAUGAAUCCCAUGAACAGUUAGUAGAGAAUCUGUCUCCUAUGAAAAGUAUCUUUAACAGAAGUAUAAUAUUCCCUCCUAUUAAAGCAUUUAACCCUUUGAUUAAUAUAUUUAAUAAAUAAUAACUUUUAGGUUAAAAUUAUUCCAAAGUGCCAUGUUGCUUACCCAGGGCCGGAUUAACAUAGGGGCUGAUGGAGCUGCAGCUCCAGGCCCAGGCCCAGGCCCAUGGAAUAGGCCCAUUGAUUAAAAAAAAAAAAAAAAAAGGGUUGCCAGGUAUGUCUCAUGUAUUUCUUAUGGUUGCCAGGUAUUUCUCAGAAGUAUUUCUCAGGUAUUUGAGGCUGCCUAGCCGGUGCUGGUAUUGCAGUAGUAAACAGAGUAUAAACAGAGAUUAUUCUGCAAUACCAGCGCCAGCCAGUAGGGGUCACUGUUUGUGCGGAGAGAGGCAGGAAUAAGAAGUUACAGCAUCUGCCUCUCUCUACUCACUGAUCCGCGGGGGAGCAGCUCUGCACAGAGGUCAGACAGCAACUCCGAGCCUGCGAGACAUGGGGACGGUGAGAAACUUGGGGACGCAGUGUCCCCAUGUCUCCCAGUGGCCCCUAGUCGCUCAGUGUCCCCAUGUCUCCCAGCCAGCAUCCCUAGUGUCUCAGUGUCCCCAUGUCUCCCAAUGUCCCUGGUGUCUCCCAGUGUCCCUGGUGUCUCUCAGUGUCCCUGGUGUCUGUGUCCCUAGUCUCCCAGUCUCCUAGUGUCUCAAUGUCCCCUAGUAUAAAAGAAAAAAUCUCAGGCACUCACUGUGAUAGAUUUAAGCAGGUUUAUUGGACAACGCAACAUUUUGACCUGUACCUAGGUCUUUAUCAAGUCUCCAGUGUCCCCUAUGUAUCAGGAUGUCUCAGUGUCCCAUCUCUCCCAUUGUCCCUGGUGUCUAUCAGUGUCCGUAGUGUCUCAGUGUCCUUAGUGUCUCAGAAUUCCUAGUCUCCCAGUGUCCCCAUGUCUCACAGUGCCCCCAAGUAUAAAAGAAAAAACUCUCAGGCACUCACUGUGAUAGAUUUAAGCAGGUUUAUUGGACACCUGUACCCAGGUCUUUAUCAAGUCUCAAGGGUCCCCUAUAUAUCACAGUGUGCCCUAUGUAUCACAUUGUCUCAGUGCCCUAUGUCUCCCAGUUUCCCCUCGUGUCUCAAAGUCACCCAGUGUCCACAGGUCUCCCAGUGUUCCCUAGUUUCUCAGUGUCCCAAUGUCCCCCAGUGUCCCAGUGACAUGGGGACACUGGGAUACAUGGGGACACAGACACUAAGGGUCUUGGAGACAUGGGGACACAGAAAUGCCCUCUUUUUGUGUAUGUUCGUCCCUUUCGGCAGUUCUGGUUAUGUGAUUUGUGUCAGUGGCCCACCCUUUUACCCCAUCCAUAGACAUUCUGCUUUACUGGACUCUGCUGUUAGAGGGUAUGGAUUUACUUGAAAGGUGAAAGCGUGAGAUAAACAUAGGAUAUGUGUUUUCUCAUAGCUGCAUCCUAUGAUUUUCCCUACAGCACCAUCUCCAUCAGAUACAUGACGCUUGGGAGGUAGGACUGUUUUAGUGUGUUUGGUCAAUAAGAUUAUGUAAUUAGGCCCAUCAUAAUUGUCAGCACCAGGCCCACUGGGCUCUUAAUCUGGCCCUGUGCUUACCUCUCUGAAACAAAAGUAUAAAAAGUUAAUUCCCUUUACAAUCCCUUUAGAAAUUAAACAGCUUAUAUCUGAUGUAUGCACCCUACUUGUGCUGUCAGAGACAGUUAGAGUUGCUAAUAUUGAAGAUAUUUCCUCCAGUAACUUGUUAUGUGUACGUGACAGGGCCAAACAUAGCAAGGGAACUUGCAUCUGCAUUGAAGGGAAUCGAUGUAAUAAAGGGAGGCUUAGAAAAAUGCACUUCAUUUAUUUGUCCAGAAGGGGCACUAUUAAGAUACGUACAGUUUGGAUAUUAGAAAGUUGAUAUUGAAGCCCUAUAAUUGUCUUGUUUAUGUUACAUAUGAAUGUUUUUGUGAUUGUUGUUCUUUGUUCUCUGUUCUCUAUUGUAGAAGAGGCUCAGCAGGAGGGAAAGGGAGUGCUAAUUCACUGCCAGGCUGGGGUGUCCCGAUCAGCAACCGUGGUUAUUGCAUACCUGAUGAAGCACACCCUGAUGACAGUAGGAGACGCUUAUAAGUUUGUGAAAGGGAAACGUCCUAUCAUUUCUCCCAAUCUGAACUUCAUGGGGCAGCUUCUAGAGUUUGAGUCCGAUCUGAACGCUGGGAUCACCCCAAGGAUCCUCAUCCCCAGACUGAGAGGUGUGGAGACAGAUGUAUAAGAUUUGGGGUGGGGAGUGAGGAAAAGUGGGGAAAGCGCAAAUAUACAUGACUUGUAAUAAACCAAUGGGAAAAGGGAUUUGCAGAGAUUGUGUGAAAAGAAUAGGAUGAUCUGAGAUGAAAAUCAGCAAUUUAUAAACCUAAAGAGACAAACAAUAUUAUAUUUUCAAUAACCUGCAAUGCCAAAACCCAAAAUCCCACACUUUCCAAUAUCGGCAUCUUCUACAUCCUACAAGACACAUACACUUUGGACAUGUAAUUCUACAUUUCACACAACUUGCAUCCUCAGAACCCUGAGGAUAUGCCAUAUGUCACAAAAGGAUACAGAACCAUAUAUAGUCUAUAUAUAACUAUAGACCAAACAUGAACUACAGCUGAAUGUCCCCUUUGAUGCUUUCUCUCCUGGAGCUCCUGAUUCAACAUAAUGGACAGUUUUACAAAUAAGGAUCCAUAUUAACACAAAGAUGAAUCAGAUUUUUUUUUACCUCCAUGAACAAGGGAACCUCUUAACUUACACAAUUGAAAGUUCACGAGCUGUAAGAUAGCCAGAACCCAAACUGUGCAAUAGGGGUAACCAGACUUUCUCAUUCAUUAUUGUGUGCAACUGCUCAAAACAUAAGCUAGGUACAUGUUGUUUGUUUGUUUGGUUGUUUGUUAGUUUUGUUGUUGUUUUUUUUCCAAUUGUGGGUAGGUGUAGUCCAAAAAAAAGUAAGACAUAUUUGUCCCUCACUGCCUUACAUGUGUUGCAGCAUCCUGCAACAAUAUGGAUAUAUACAUUUUUACUCAUACUCUAAACUAACAUGCUUCUCAAGAGGUGGAACAGCUUCAGAUACAACAACCCUGAAUCUAUUACAAAAAAAAAAUAUUCUAAAAAAACAACUGCCUUUGAUUCCUGAAGAUGAGCAGUAGCACUGGAAAAAAAAUAACAUUUCUGUGAUAAUUCACACAGUGCAAAGCUUCAUGCAUACAGGACUUUCACAUGUGUCACAGGACUAGACUGCACAUUCAUAAAUUCUAUGGUACAUACAGCUACAUAAAGCUACAACCCUUUAAAAGCCCCAGUCUGAAAAUUAACAAAAAGCUGUAUUCAUAGACCUCACAAAGUCCCAUAUUUGUCAUCCAACAAAACCUGCUUCGAAAUCCCCCCCAAAAAACUACAAUCAUCAUGUUGUUGAUAGCCCCCAGACUAGGGCCAUACACAAACUGCAGACUACAGCUGUCCUAUAUUCACCUGUCCUAUGUGAUUUGUAGCUCUCUAACACAACAAAAACUGCCUCUUAAUAGUCCACGUUCCCAGGCUACAGUUUGCAAGAGUCACAUAAGUCACGGCUUUCAAUGAUACAAAGCCUGCCUCCUAUACACCAUAGCAGAUGCAUGUGCAGACUGCAGUUAUACAAACAUAGUUCACAAUGCUGUCUAAUCUGCAUUCGCAUAACCACACUGUAAAAUACAACACGAUGCUUAGACCUUACGUCUAGAAACCUAUCAUUCUCAGACAGCACAGCCUUUGACUGCACAAUAUGAAUGCUUCUAAAGCUUCAGUCCCUGCAAACCCGCAUUUACAGAUGACAAUCUGCACGCCAGUAUCCCAUACAAGACGCCUCUAAUUAUUGACUAGCUAUAACACACUAUUAAAUGAUUGGGUGUGAUUUAAAAAAAUAUAUAUAUAUUUGCAUUAGAAAAAUGCUGUGCAGGCUUUGUCUAGCAAUAUGUACACACACUUUGCAAUUUCAGAUUCACCAAAGGGUUAUUAUAGUGCAGGACAGUGUUUGUUUGUUUUUAACCCUUUAAGGACCGAUAUUUCCAUACACUGCUAACAAUCUAAUCUUUUAAAAUCAUAUUUCAAUAUUGUAUGCCUAAGUCAUUUAAUGGAAGCAGAGCUUUAUAUAGUUGCCAGUGCUUAGUAAGUAGGAAAUCUCACACAAGCAAAAGUCUUGGUGCAAGAGAUUUUAUGACUGCAAAGGACAUAAUUGGUUCUUAAGGGGUUAAACCAACUCAUUUUGAAGUCAGAGAGAAAAGGAAGACAAAACAGGUAUACAGCUGUGGAUGCAUAAAACAAUCACUAUAAAUUCAUGUCAGUGCAGAUGCAUUUGCAUUUCAACAGGAUUUUUCCUUUUGAAACGCAAAAUUAAUAACCUUAAUAUGCAAUAAUACACAAACUCUUAAUAUGCACACAUGCAUAUAUUCUCCUACUUUCACAUGCUGUUGUGUUAUAUCAUGUGUACUUGCAGACAUUGUACAGACAUUGCACACAACGUGUUAUCAUAGAGUUGCACUAAAUUUUACUAUGGAUUACAGUGCAUCUCUAUGGUUUAUUUAGGUUUUUUUUUUCCCUUCAAUGACAGCAACACCUCCAGCACACCAUGAUGCAGGAAACAGCAGCAUGACAUAAAAAAUGUAACAAUAAAAAAAAAAAAAACAACAAUGCUCCAAUCCCAAUUUUAAUGCACCGUGAGACAGUGCAGCGUAGGUGAAAUUUACUCAUUUGUAAACCCUGUUCAGUUCAAAUGUACUUUAAUCCCCAAAUAUUGUGGUAAUCAGAUUACAGUUCCUGUCCAAAAGUCUAACAACAUUUUUAAUUACAAAUGGUACGCCUUCUUUAUAGAAAAGAGAUUUGUUUAUACAUACAUAUCUAUGUAUGUGUGUGUGUGUAUGUGUAAGUGUACAUUUUUUUUCUUAUCUACACAUUUUUUUGUACGCCAGAAUUUUUAUCUACUCAUACACGUAUGGCAAAUCAGAAAAUAAUUAGACCCGCAAGCAUGAUUAGAAUCCCUGGUUACAAAUAUUCACCAAUAUGAAGAGAUUAGAGAACAUUAAGCUUGGGAAGAACAGGGUAAUCCUUCUUUAAAUGACGGACGUAGACUUGGUUGCACAGCAGAGAACUGGAACACACAUCGGAAAGGAGAGAGAAUGAAUGAAGCUAGGAUUUUUUUUUACAAAACAAAUGGACAAUAUUUUUUUAAUAAAAUAUUUUGCAACACAAAUCAUUAUGUGCAAUAAGGAUGUAAUACUAAUGUGCUUUUAUAUUAUACUGGGGAAACGUGGGAAAUUGAACGGAUAUGUAGCACCCUGUAUCCUCCUGCCCACUGGAGGGGUAUUCUCUUUUCAUCCCAGAACUGUGUCUUAAAUCUCUUCCAUGAGGGAGACUGAAUUACCUCGGGCAUUAAAUUCCCUUAUUACACUGUGAAACUGGACAGACUUUGAAAUACCCAAACUGAGGGUAAUACAAGGUGCCCCUUACAUCAUUGAACCCUGUGUUGUUCCUUUAAUUUUUUUCUGGGGAACAUAUAGUAUUUAUUUAUUGGUGAACCUAAGCUAUUUAUUGAAAUAAAAUUGUUUUUUGA